GCGGGCGCGCGCGCACUACCCGGCAUGCAGCGGGUGGCGGGCUCGCACCAAGAUGGCGGCGCCGCUGGAGGAGUACGAGAAAGAAGCGGGUUGUGUCCCCAUCCUGCACCCCGAGGAAAUAAAGCCUCAGAGCCAUUACAACCAUGGCUACAGUGAAUCUCUUGGACGGAAAAGCCACAUUGACGAUUACAGCACUUGGGACAUCGUCAAAGCCACACAGUAUGGGAUCUACGAACGGUGUAGAGAGCUGGUGGAAGCAGGUUAUGAUGUGCGACAACCGGACAAAGAAAACGUGACCCUCCUCCACUGGGCUGCAAUCAACAACAGAAUAGAUCUGGUGAAAUACUAUAUAUCAAAAGGUGCUAUUGUUGAUCAGCUUGGAGGAGAUCUAAAUUCUACCCCUCUUCACUGGGCAACAAGGCAGGGUCACUUGUCCAUGGUCGUACAGCUGAUGAAAUACGGGGCAGAUCCGUCGCUAAUUGAUGGAGAAGGAUGCAGCUGUAUUCAUUUGGCUGCCCAGUUUGGGCAUACUUCGAUUGUUGCUUACCUGAUAGCAAAGGGACAGGAUGUAGAUAUGAUGGAUCAAAAUGGAAUGACACCUUUAAUGUGGGCAGCAUACAGAACACAUAGUGUGGAUCCAACUCGAUUGCUACUCACAUUUAAUGUUUCUGUUAACCUGGGAGACAAAUACCACAAAAACACAGCACUGCACUGGGCUGUGCUAGCAGGAAAUACUACAGUUAUUAGUCUUCUGUUAGAAGCUGGAGCUAAUGUUGAUGCUCAAAACAUAAAGGGAGAAUCACCACUUGAUCUAGCAAAACAGAGGAAAAAUGUUUGGAUGAUCAAUCAUCUACAAGAAGCAAGACAGGCAAAGGGGUAUGACAGUCCAUCUUUUCUGAGAAAACUGAAAGCUGAUAAGGAAUUCCGUCAGAAGGUGAUGCUGGGUACUCCUUUCCUAGUAAUUUGGCUGGUUGGGUUUAUAGCAGACCUGGACAUUGAUUCUUGGCUCAUUAAGGGGCUGAUGUAUGGUGGUGUUUGGGCUAUGGUGCAGUUUCUUUCCAAGUCAUUCUUUGAUCACUCCAUGCACAGCGCACUGCCUCUCGGAAUAUACUUGGCGACGAAAUUCUGGAUGUAUGUGACAUGGUUCUUCUGGUUUUGGAAUGAUCUCAAUUUUUUCUUUAUACAUCUUCCAUUCCUUGCUAAUAGCAUUGCACUUUUCUACAAUUUUGGAAAAUCCUGGAAGUCUGAUCCAGGGAUCAUCAAAGCCACAGAAGAACAAAAGAAAAAGACAAUAGUAGAGCUUGCAGAGACAGGAAGUCUGGACCUCAGUAUAUUCUGCAGUACCUGCUUGAUACGAAAGCCAGUGAGGUCCAAGCACUGUGGUGUGUGCAAUCGAUGUAUAGCGAAGUUUGAUCACCACUGUCCGUGGGUGGGUAACUGUGUAGGAGCAGGGAACCACCGCUAUUUCAUGGGAUACCUGUUCUUCCUGCUCUUUAUGAUCUGCUGGAUGAUUUAUGGAUGUAUCUCUUACUGGGGGUUCCACUGUGAGACGAGUUACGCCAAGGACGGCUUUUGGACCUAUAUUACCCAGAUUGCUACCUGUUCUCCCUGGAUGUUUUGGAUGUUUCUAAACAGUGUUUUUCACUUCAUGUGGGUGGCUGUAUUACUCAUGUGUCAGAUGUAUCAGAUAUCUUGCUUGGGGAUCACGACAAACGAAAGAAUGAAUGCAAGAAGAUACAAGCACUUUAAAGUUACAACCACAUCUAUUGAAAGCCCAUUCAACCACGGGUGCAUACGGAACGUUAUAGACUUCUUUGAAUUCAGAUGCUGUGGUCUGUUCCGGCCUGUUAUCGUGGACUGGACGAGGCAGUACACGAUAGAAUACGACCAGACUUCAGGAUCAGGCUACCAGCUGGUGUAGCACCACCUUCAUCCUCUGAGCAUAUCCCAUCUGAGUGGUGCCUGGAAAAUGUGCUCUCUCCUCCGCAUCCCUUGAAGAGUAGCAUGCUAUGUGUAGGGCCGGCGAUGAAUUAGGAGGCGCCUUCUCUUCGUCAGAAUUUUAUUAACAGAAGUAAAAAGGGGACAGAAUAAACUGCCACACCUGAGAAGGAAGAGGAGGAAGAUCAACACAAAAGGGAUUUUAACAGUUCUUAACAUGAGAAUUAUUCGUGACAGCAUAUUCACAGUAUUUGUUGUUGGGUUUUUUUUCUGUUGG